AUGCAGUCAAAUCUCAGAGCCCAGGCUGAGAUUCAGGCCCAGAGGAAGAAGGUACCUAUGCACCCUCCUUCCCGUUUACCGUACACGCUCGUGCGCCGCACUGAGGAGCCCCCGGAUCCAUGUUUCGUUGAAUUCGCCGCGACUGAUCUGAAGACCGUCGGAAACUACACUCUUGGGAGGCUCAUCGGCAAAGGCAGUUUCGGCAAGGUCUACUUGGCGUCGCAUAAACUCAGCAAUGGCUCCAGGGUCGUGCUCAAGAGCGCAAAGAAAGACGACUCCAACCUCGCGCGCGAGAUCCACCACCAUCGACAGUUUAUACAUCCGCAUAUCGCCCGCCUGUACGAGGUCAUAGUCACCGAGGAGUUGGUCUGGCUGGUACUCGAGUACUGUCCAGGCGAUGAACUAUACAACUACCUCCUAGCUAAGGGCGCCCUCGAGCCCGCCAAAGUCCAGCGCAUCUUCACCCAGCUCGUCGGCGCUGUCACGUACGUCCACAACAAGUCAUGCGUUCACCGCGACCUCAAGCUCGAGAACAUAUUGCUGGACAAGCACGAGAAUGUCAAGUUGGUCGACUUUGGUUUCACGCGUGAAUAUGAGGGCAAGUCAAACUACCUGCAGACAUGGUGCGGUACCAUUUGCUACAGCGCUCCGGAGAUGCUCAAGGGCGAGAAGUAUGCGGGAGAAAAGGUGGACGUCUGGAGUCUGGGCAUCAUUCUCUACGCGCUUCUGGUCGGCGAGCUCCCCUUUGACGACGACGACGAAAUAGUCACCAAGACGAGGAUACUGAAAGAGGAGCCCAAAUACCCAGAGAACUUCCCGCAGCAGGCUAGAGAGUUGUGCCAAUUGCUGCUAUCGAAGCGGCCCAUCCUGCGACCGACGCUGGCAGAUAUAUUGCAGAAUCCAUGGCUGUCCGAGCAUGCGCCACGUCAACAAGAAAUCCUGAAGCUUCAGCAGCCGGCACCUUUCUCUACCGAGUUGGAAAAGGAGGUUCUGCACCGGAUGCGCGCGGCUGGCGUGGAUAUUGACAUGGUAAUCGAAAAUGUGCUUGCCCAACGAUGCGAUUCUUUGGCUGGUUGGUGGGCCCUGUUACUUGAGAAGGAGGAGCGGAAAGCGAAGAGAAGAGAGCGCAAGCGUAAAGAAAAGGAAGCUGAGGCAAAGAGUCUGAGACGGCUGAGCGCUGCGAGUAGUCGUCUAGACAAGCUCGCGCCCACUAUAAGAGAAAUGGAUGAGGAGGGCCUACAUUCGCCGUCCACGCCCAAGAGUCGCGGAAGGACUAUGAAUCGUAGCAGCUUACAUGGUGCUCCCGAGCUACCGCGCCUGCCAGAAAUUGGCACCUCUCCCACUCUGACCAUCGACGACAAGCCCCUCCCUCCAAUCGAUACCCACCGCGGUCGCAAAUCGCAUUCAACUUCGCGGCCGCCGGUACCAGGAAAAGAUAUAGAUAGGCGAAGGUCACGCAGUAGCAUGCUUCAAGUCGUUUCCAGCAACCCCGACCUCCUUUCCCCGAACGGCUUCGUGCCAAAGCGGCGACGGAAGCAACCGUUUAUCAACCAUCUUCUGUCACUUAGAAAUUGGAUAAAAGAGACAUCGAAGCGGGCACGAUCACCCGGCUCAAAAGCUAGUGGCGGCCAUUCACCAAAGUUCACCGAGAGUAGGUCUCCAGAUUCGAAAAGGAGGCAAAACACGACGAACCGAUCAUCUAUAGCGACAACGCCCAGGACGCCGCAGACACAUAUGGCACCACGUCCACGAGGCUCAACCCACGGUUCGGGCUCCAUGAGACGGCUUUCAGCGUCUCCUGCACCACUCACACCGCGCUCCUCCUACCGCCGUUCUUCUGGUGGUCUCCGGGGUCGAAAGUCGACAUCCUCAUCUGUAUCCUCCAUCCGCUCUAUGCCACACCACCACCAUACCCACAGCAAAGCCUCGUCCAUCUCCUCAGCCUCACUCGCCUCUCCCGCCGGCUCCGUCAGCGGUUCCCACAAGCCCUCAAAGUCGCCACACAACAGCAUUAAAGUCCUACCUGCUACGCCAACAUCCUCAUCCUUCCCUUCCAACAUUCGCCUUGUACGCUCCGGCUUCCCACCCGGCCUCAACGAGUCCAGCGCCGCGUUUGGAAACGGGAAUUCGAUUCCUCCGCAAUCUCCAGGUCUGGUGUUUGCAAAGAGGAAGAGGACGCCGUUCAAAGGGCCUAUGAUCAACACUAGUGGCAAUCCCCCGGGCAGUGGGUGGAGGAGCAGGAACGGAGAGGGGGGUACGGGGAGUAGAGGAACAAGUGUGCAAGGGAGAAGGAGCGGAGAGAUUCUGGGCAUCACCGAAGAAGACGAGGAGGAAGAAGAAGUUGAAGAGGUGGAGACAUUUGGCGGAAAAUUGGCAGAGGGUGAGUUUAUAGAAGAAGAGACUGUUGCGCCGCCUAUGACACCCCCCAAAGACAAGGGCGUGGCUUUAUAG